AUGCGCACUGCGCUGUCUACCAUUGGCUGCCUAGAGAUGGAUCGCCUAGAACCAGAUCCGAGCAAACAAGUUGAGCUAGUCGACAGCAUCCUUAAAGGUUUGGAAGCAGCGUCGAAAUUAAUGUUUCGGCCGUGGAAAGCCAUUUAUUGUGCUCUGUGGAUGUCUCCGGAAGGUCGAGAACUGAGAAGAGUGAGCAAGAUUUCCAGAAACUUUACUGAGAAGUACCUCAAUUGUCUAAGAGAAGAUGUUUCCAGCACUAAGGCCAGGGAACGAACUUACUUGUCCGGUCUAUAUUCGGAAGAAUAUUCACAGAAGAUAGCGACAGAAAACUUCGUGCGCGAAGAAGCAGCGACAAUAGCAGUGUCUGGCACUGAGACGACGGCCGGUGCCCUGUCCUACGCGCUGGCUCUGCUCGGGCUGUACCCUGAGUGGCAGGAGAUGGCGCAGCGGCAGCUCGACCAAGUUUUCGGUGGUGGCGGCGAUUUCUUGCGGUCGGUCACUACAGCAGACAUGUCCCACCUAACCGUGAUUGACGCCAUUGUAAAGGAGACGCUGCGGCUGUUCCCUACAGCUCCCGUGGGUACGCGCCUCGCAGCCGAGGACAUUCCAUUAGCAGGUGGCCGUUACGUAGCACCUCGUGGCUGCUGUGUCUUUUUGGCCUUUUACCUGAUGCACCGCAAUCCAGAGCUGUUCCCAGAUCCCGACAAGUUUGAUCCGGGUCGCUUCCUUCCGGGUGGCAGUGCAACGUCCAGGAGAUCACCAGCAAAUAAUUAUUUCACGUAA